UCCAAAUGAAACUGGGAGAGAAAGAAGGCGAGAGAUGGCGAAGGAGAAGAGGUGUGUGGAGUGUGGCCACAAGGUUAAAUCAUUGCUGAUUCAGUACUCUCCUGGCAACUUUCGUCUCAUGAAAUGCGAGAAUUGCAACGAAGUAGCAGACGAAUACAUCGAGUGCGAGCUGAUGAUUAUAUUCAUCGACUUGAUACUUCACAAGACAAAGGCUUAUAGACACUUACUCUACAAUGUGUUUACUCAAGAAACUGUCUACGUUCAGCAUCUGUUGUGGAAGUUGGUCUUGGCUUAUCUUCUUCUAGAUACUUAUAGAAGCUUGCUGUUGAGAAGAACCAAUGAUGAAUCAAGCGUGCCCAUUAGCUUUGUUCUUGCAUCUCUAGAGGUUCUGGUUAAUGUCUUAUCUGCAAACUUUGCAUUUGUUUUAUCAUUUGCACUUGCGUCCAAGAUUAUAUCAAUCGGUGCUUCCAGAGGAAAAGAGAUUCUUUUGGGGAUCUUCAUCUCAAGUUACAUCAAGAUCUUUCUAUUUGCUAUGCCGGUUUGGGAGUUCCCAGUUUCAGUGAUCUUCAUUGUAGAUAUGCUUGUCUUAACAUCAAACGCAGUUGCUCUUAAAGUGAUGACUGAAUCAACAACGAGCAGAUGCUUAGCCGCGUGUUUCAUGGCACACUCGAUUAAAUUCUUGGCAGAUCAAAUCUCUGGGUCAAGGUCCUUGAAACACUUGGGGUCUGUGAUGUAUCUGCCUUUUAUUUUCAAAAACGUGUGAUCUUAUAAUCGUCACAAGGGAAGAGUUUGUUUAAUCUUUGAUCAUAUGUUCAUUAAGAUAAAUGUUAGGAUCCUGACACACUUUUAUUUAAUCCACUCUUUUUUUGGAUG